CGAGGCUCCACCACUCCACGCAGCCUAGGAAGGACUUGUCUUCCCCCACCCCCUCUGGAUCUCACCCAAAUCCUUGCAGGAAGACCAUUGGAGGAAGACAAAGCUGCAGAGAGCCAGGGGUGGCCUGAGAGGAGCAGAGGCCAGUGUGCACACAGACUGCCCCAGCCCAGGCCCAGCCCAGGCCCAGGAGCCAGCUUCUCCACAUCACAGCACCAUGCUGGGCCCUCACUUCCCACCUCCACCCCUGGGGCCCAGCGAAGGGAGGCCUGCCACCUGUGCCUUCCGGAUUCCUGAUGGGAGCUACAGGUGCCUGGCUCUGGAGGCGGAGGAGAGCAGCAGCGAGGAGGGCCUGCAGGGAGAGGCAGGGUUCAUGGAUCUGGAGGACGAUGAGGUGACCAGCAGGAGUGGGGACAACUCUCCUUGUCGAGCCACCCAAGGGGCAGCACAGUUGCCCAGAGCCCUCGGCAUCCAGCCACCCAGCUCUUCCCAGGAGGCACGAGGCGGUGCCCAGCACGAUGACAGGGCCAGCCAGGACUGGGAUGUGGUGAAGGCCCGGCAAGUGAUGACGACCAGCCCCAGCCCUGGCCCUGGGCCCAGGGCGGCCCAGAAACCAGCAUUGGGCCGGAGCACGAGCCUCACUGAGAAGGACCUGAAAGAGGCCAAGGUGCGCAGCCAGCAGAUCGCUGCCCAGCUGACCACCCCUCCCAGCUCCAAUUCCCGCGGUGUCCAGCUCUUCAACAGACGCCGGCAGAGAGUGAACGAGUUCACCUUGGAGAGCUGCGGCCGGCGGGGACAGAAGCCCAGCCAGGAGCCCCUCAGAGCGUUCCCUGCAAGCCCCACAGGCCAUGCCCCAGGGCUCAGUCUGAGUUCCACCUCACUGCCUGAGCCCGGCCCUCAGAGGCACCCCAACCCCCCGAGCUCCGACAGAGGGGUCCCUGGCCACAGCAUGGAGGGGUACUCAGAGGAGGCCAGUUUGCUGCGGCACCUGGAGAAGAUGGCCAGCGAGGAAGAAGAGGUGCCCCUGGUGGUUUAUUUAAAGGAGAAUGCAGCCUUGCUGACGGCCAAUGGCCUCCACCUGUCCCAGAACCGCGAGGCCCCGCAGUCCCCACCCACCCCACCUCCAUCUGAGGUCCCCAGCCCAGCCGCAGAUAUCAACCAAAACCUCCCCAAUGCCACACUCACCACACAAGCUCCGAGCAGCAACCACAACCCGCCAGCCACCGAUGUCAACCAGAACCCACCAGCAACUGUCACCCCACAGGGCUCGCCAUUCUCUAGCACACAGCAGAAUUCUCCAGACGCGCAGGUCCCAGCGAACGGCACAGUGCCAGACUCCAAACCCGGCCCCCUGGGUGCUGACAGGCAAGCCCAGACUCUGGCCGAGGAGGUGAAAUCCAGCACGCUACUCAUUGACAAGGUCUCAGCUCCACCUUCCACCCCCAGCACCUUCUCCAGAGAAGCGACUCCCAUCCCCAGCUCUGGGCCUCCAGCCCCAGACUUCACCUCGAGCUCCCUGCUCAUGGACGUCCAGCCCAGCGCCCUACCAGCCCCAGAACAAGAGCUGUCGGGCCGGGGCGCCACGACGCCCACCACGCCCACCAGGGUGUACAGUGAGGUCCACCUCACGCUGGCCAAGCCCCCAUCGGUUGUCAACAGGACGGCCAGGCCUUUUGGGGUCCAGGCACCAGGCGGCACCAGUCAGAUAGAGCGGAGCCCCAUGGUAGAGAGACGACACUUUGGGGAGAAGACUGCGGCCCCUCAGCCCCCAAGCAUGGCAGACAGGAGCCCCCGUCCCCAGAGACACAUCAUGUCCCACAGCCCCAUGGUGGAAAGGAGGCUGGUGGGACAGCGAAGUCCAGGCUUGGAGAGACGCCCCUUGGGGAACUUCACGCCUCCCCCCACCUACGCGGAGACCUUGUCGGCGGCCCCCAUGGCUUCCCGAGUUCGGUCUCCCCCGUCUUACUCUGCCCUGUACCCCAGCUCUGACCCCAAGCCUCAUCCGAAAGGCCAGGCAGCUCCUGCCAGCAAGACCGGCAUUUUGGAGGAGUCGAUGGCCCGCCGGGGCAGCCGGAAAUCCAUGUUCACCUUCGUGGAGAAGCCCAAGGUGACCCCGAAUCCGGACCUGCUGGAUCUGGUUCAGACGGCCGACGAGAAGCGGAGGCAGAGGGACCAGGGGGAGGCGGGCGUGGAGGAGGAACCCUUCGCCCUGGGCGCCGAGGCCUCCAACUUCCACCUCCUGCCUCAAGUCACCCCGCAUCCAGGCCAAGCCGAAGCCCAAACCCAACCAGAACCUCUCUGAGGCCUCCGGGAAGGGGGCCGAGCUCUACGCCCGCCGCCAGUCGCGGAUGGAGAAAUACGUCAUCGAGUCCGCAGGCCACCCAGCCGAACUGGCCCGCUGCCCUUCGCCCACCAUGUCCCUGCCUUCAUCCUGGAAAUACUCCACCAGUGCCCCUGGCGGCUUCCGAGUGGCGUCCCGGAGCCCAGCCCGGCCCCCGCCUGCCUCCCUCUACCACGGCUACCUGCCCGAGAAUGGGGUUCUGCGCCCAGAGCCCACCAAGUCCCAGCUGCGGCCCUCACUCUUUGUCCUCUCGCCCAUCAAGGAGCCUGCCAAGACCUCGCCAAGAGCGGCCUCGCCCAGAGCCGCCUCCCCUGCCAAGCCCAGCUCCCUGGACCUGGUGCCCACCCUGCCCAGGGCAGGUCUCCCGCUGUCUCCUGCCUUGCCGCGGCCCUCGCGCUCCUCGCCCGGCCUCUACAGCGCACCUGGCCAGGACGGCCUCCAGCCCACGGCCGUGAGCCCCACCUACAGCAGCGACAUCUCCCCUGUGUCUCCCUCCAGGGCGUGGUCUCCCCGAGCCAAGCAGGCCCCCAGGCCCUCCUUCUCUACCAGGAACGCGGGGAUCGAGGCGCAGGUGUGGAAGCCUUCCUUCUGCUUCAAGUAACGGACCCCAUCGGGUCCCUCUGCCUGCCAAGCCCGCCUCUUCGAGGGCUGGAUGGAGCAGAUGCCGCGGGAAAUGGCUCCGGGCUGAGUGAGGAUUUGAGGAGUCUAUGGUUCGAGGUCUGAUGUGGUGGCCAGCUAGCUUUGUGACCUUGGGCGGGUGGCCUCCCCUCUCUGGUGGCAGCCGUCCCUUCCCUGCUCCACAGGGUUUGGACUCCAUGCCUGGGUGGGAAGGAGGGUCAUGGAGAGACCCCUUCAGCAGGCAGCUCAGAGGAGGCCGAGGGGCUUCCUGUCGCUGUCGGGAUGCCGGAGUCUGCUGCCAGCGUCUUGCUGGGGGAAUGGCUUAGAAGGGGAUCCUCACAGGGACUCUGGAGCAGACAGGGCCUGCCAGUGCCUGCAGAGUCACCCAGCCAAAGCGCUGCCUCCUCAGCUACCCCAGGGGGACCACCCUGAUGCGGCCCAAGCCCCCAGCAUCUUUCUUCCUGUCGCUGGAUUCUGACCUCCACAGGCCUGUCUCUUCACCUCUGCCUUCUGGACGCCAUCUCCUCCCGGCUGCCUCGGAGAGCUUUGUCUCGCCUCCUCCUCCUCUCCUGCCCCGGGUCCUGCUGGACAUGGACUUAGCGCACCGCUGCUGUCUGACGCUUUUCUUCCCGCCCUGUACUCGGCUGCCUCUGCCCUCUCCAAGACCCGCCUCUGCUUCAGGGAGACUCCUGAGCCCUGACCUCAGUCCUGGUUCCACUUGGCUUACCCUCACUGUUCUGGGGUGGGGGUGUCCCAGGGAUCCCCAAGAGGAGGAGAGCCCCAUAGAAGGCUGUGAUAGACGUGGGUGUACCUCUGGGAGAACCCCUGAGGGCAUCCAUGGUUGGGUUUGGCUUCAACCGGGGCCUGACUAGAAAGCACCUCAGUGCAGUGGAACAGGCCCCAGGGGGAGAAGCAGGGACGUAGGUUCUGCACCCAUCUCAGCCUCCCGUUUGCUGUGUGACUUUGCCAAGUCACUUUCUCUCUCCGAGCCUCCAUUUUUUAAUGUAUGCAAUGAGGGUGCUCCUCGCUAGGACAGUCUGUAAGGACGGAGAAGAUAGGCUGGUACGUUGGCAGGGAGGCCAUGUAUGUGACAAGACAGUCCCCUGGCAAGGGACAGAAAGGAAAUGGGCUGUUGCCCAAGGAAGGUAGGGUUAGAUGUCUGUGAGGGUGACAGGGAAGGGUCUGGCUGGAAAGAGCUGCGGCAGAAGGCCACGGGAGCAGAAGCCUGGCUGGGCCGGCCCAGGCUCAGGACUGCCUGCAGUCGGGGCAUGGCCAAGGCUGGGGCCAGGCACAGCAGCUCAGUGGGAAGGGGAAGAGGUUUUGAGAAGAAGCCUGGAUUUUAAGAGACUGGAUUCUAUUUUUUUUUUUUCUUUAAUGCUAGAAGAUGCAUGCUUACACAUGAGACAGAGAGAAGAAGAAGAAGAGAGAGAGAGAGAGAGAGAGAGAGAAAGCUUCCCCCAACAGUCUCUGGUCAUACCACCAUCGUUUUUCCUUCAAUCCUCCACUCUGCCAGGGCCCUGGGCACAUGUGCACCUGUCCAAUGUGAUUUUUAAGUUUCUAGGGCCGGGACUUGAACCCUGAUUGGUCAGGUGAAGUCUGACUUCCUUUUAGACCACCUAACCUGUAGACUACAGGGCUGACCCAAGACCCAGAUUCUAAUACACAGACCGCAUGUGUAGCUUUAGGCCUCGGUUUCCCCAUCUAUACUGUGAGGGUGUUGAGUCAGGCCAUCUGAGAUCCCCACUGCCUCUCAUGCCUUUGAUGCGAUGCAGCCCCUCCAAACCAGGCUUUGUGGGGUGGGGGCAUGAGAAUAGAUGCAAGAGGCAGGAUUCAGAUGGAAGCUUCCCAAGGCCGGGGGCCGAGGACCACCCACUUUCGCUUUCCCAGCCCUAUUUCUGGGCUCCCCAGCGGGGCGAGGGGUGGUGGAGGCGGUGCCCAUGCUGGGCUGAGCCUGCAGUUUUCGUGAGCUCUGGGCUCGUCUCCAUGGGAACAGGGGGUGCCUUCUCAGUGAGCUCAUUCCACACAGAACGAGGGGGUAUGCAUGGGGGAGUAGUGAGGGAGCCCGGCUCGUCCAUGCCAGGCCCUCCCAGCACCGAGUGCAGCCCCUGCUCUGGGCCCUGCCUCUUCGGCCCCUGAGGGUCGUUGACAGAAGAGCCCACCCUCCACCCUGCAGCUCCUGUGGCCAGGCUGAGCUCUUCCUCCGACUUUGUUUUCUCUCCUGUCCUCAAUACACUGCCUCAAAUCUGCCUUGCUUCUUUCUUUCUUCCGCACUGCUGGUGGCCAGGGCGUCCUCUGCCCUCCCUGAUUCUAGCCUGGGAAGUGGAGUGGGACUGCUCAAUGACUGUGUGUGACAGUGUGGCUCUGUCCCGUGUGCCGCCCGCAUCUGCUGUGUCUGGACCUGCCAAGGGUUACAGGCGUGUGCUGCUGGUUCUAAAGGGAGGGUUGCGCUCAGUCCUCCCCAGGUCAGCACUGGGCAGCUGGAGCCGUCUGCAAGUCACCUUCUGUUUCCUCCUCCCCUGGGAAGACACUCUGCCCCUGAUGAUCCACACUGGUUUGGGUUCUUCAAAAGUGGAACUGAAAUGCCUGUAGCCAGAGCGUCCCCUCAGUUCCCUCAGGUCCUGCCCCUCUCCCUAUUAUCCAAAUGUGUCCUUUUCCCACAUUCGCCAGUCACCCCCUUGCUCCUGAAAGCCCCUGGUGAGAGGAGAGAAUGGCCAUCAGGAGUAGGGAGAACUGGGUUCUAGCCCCAGGUCUGCACCUGACUUCUUGGACAACCGCUUCCCAUCUCUGGGCCUCAGUUUCCCCUCCCAUGCGGUGAAAGGAUUGCAGAAGGUGGCCUGGCAGCUCAUUUUUCUGAGUCCACGUCUGACUCUGUCCUGCUCGGGCCCUCACCACACACUUGCCUGGCUUUGGGGCUGGUGCUGAGUUGAGUGGGUGCUACUUCCUGCAUUUUUACCCACUUCAUUUUCAAGAAGUUCUGGUCUACAAGGGGGUCUUCAAAAAGCAUGCGGAAAGUGGCCUUCUGAAAAAUUGCACAAGGUUCCAAACCAUUUUCUGUACUCAAGCAAACUUGUGCUUUAACAUCAUUCUUCCGUGAAGCACUGAGCUGUCAGAGCGUGAAUGGCUCUGGUUUCCUGCAGCUUUUUUGUACGGCACGCCCCAGGCCCCCACACGCACAGUCAGUACCGGACACAGCAGUCAGUGUGAGGUCAGGCUCAGGCCCGCCUCCAGCUGAUGAGAAGCUGUUUUCCACUGCCCCGGCACCUCGACCCCUGCCGAGCCAUUCCGUUCGGUGGUCUUGGCUGAACUCUGCUCCUUCUAACACUUUUUGAGUUCAGCUCCCGCCCCCCCAUGACCACCCGAGGCAGAGACAACCCUUUAUUUAUUCAUUGUUUUAUUUUGCCAGAGGGUGCAUGCACUCCCCAAA